CAGUUCAUCCUUGUCGGCCCCCAUGAUAGCAGGGCCACCUCUAAAGAAACAACCUGUUGGUGACGUCACCGCGAGCUGAAGUAAGAGCCAUCCGAAGAGUUCUUCUGAAGUUCAUACCUGCGUGCAAGCACGGCUGUAACAGUGUACAUUCGCCGCGAUUUAACACCGUAUAAACAAGACAUCGCAUCUAUUGACGUUGACUGCUGUUAGUGGUGAUGUGAAGUGCUGAUUGUGUUUGUUAUGGCGUGAAUGUAGUGGAAAAAAGCAUAAUGGGAUUUAUUUGAACUAGCGCCCAAACAAAUAAAUAUUUUGAAAGAUGAAAAGUAAUCCUGCAACUACUCGGAGGCUUCCUGACUGUGCAGGACGAGUUUUUUGCUGAGAAUUUGGAUUCGAGAAACUGUUGCAUGUGAUCGCGAUUACUGACUUUGCGGAUAAAAAAGGGUGUUGUCAUGAGAGAGUAGUUCGGUUUAUGUUUUGGAAAUUUAUGGAGCAACUGAUUUACACUUUCAGUCAUGAACCAGCAGGUAUCAUCAGUACUGAUUGCGGACACCAACAACCUCAGUAGUAAAGACUGGCUCUUAGAUGUUACUGAUGAUACCACUAUUUUAUCGAUACCACUAGAUGCCAGCGACAGUGGUCUUUUUACUGGAAAUUUUGUUCCACCUCCACCGAGGCCAUUAUUUCUUGAAGAAGGGAUAACACCCGAUGGAUUAACGACCUGUGAUUUAUGUUCGUGGGCAUGGCAGAAUGGAAACCUAUAUGCUACGGAUACUACUAGUCUAGAACCAUCAAGUGAAAUAGGAUGGGUCCUUACACUAGUGAUUGUUUCGCUAACUUCGGCAAUUCUUGGUGCAAUCAUAAUGAUAAUAGUUCUUCAUUGUAAAAGAUUAAAAAGUCCAAACAACACAAACGGUGGUGACCAAGAACAAACACCUCGUAACGUCCAACCUGGUCCUAAUCGUCCGCCCAUUAAUACCCCAGAUGACAAAAUCGUUGUUCACCCGAACGUUCCCUAUAACCAGAACAACAUAAAUGGGGUGUGGUCAUGGUUGUCCCGCAGAUCGACCGCAACGCCAUCACAGCUAGAAAAUCCUCCAAUGUCUUUUGUAGAGAACCAUUACACUCAUAUGGAAGACCCAUACAACAGCGUAGACGAUGCUCUUUACGCUGAGCUAGAUGUUGAAAGUACCAUCAACAGAGAUCCUAAUACGGCUUACCAAAAUUCGGCUUACACGGACUCAGAUGCUCCUACGUCCAGUGCUCCAAGCAGUGCGUACUAUUCGGACUUAUCGGUUACGACAGGACCCGACAGAGCUUAUGAAGUUGUCGGAUUGUCAACAAUGCCGGUCUGGGACGACGCCAAGAAACAAGCACCUGUUCGACUCGCAGUUAUCAGUGAAACUGUUAAUGUUCCUUCAGAUUAUGUUUGAUCGAGGUGAUAAGGUGUCAUGAGGAGAACAUUGCAGAGGAGAAUAUUAGAUUAGGAUAUUUAAUAGGGAAUUAUAGAAAAUAUGGUGAAUAUUUAAAUGAAAUAGAUCACUGUUUGACAGUA